AUGGCCAAUUUAAAUGCAACAAACAACACCAAAGAAAAGGUGUCCAUAAUGGAAACAUCAUCAUGUACCGACUAUCGACCAAGUGAUUACUCGAAGUUAUCUUAUGUCAAUUACUUUCUGUCUGGGAUUACAGCUGAUAAUGUCUGUACUGUCGCUCAUUUAAACAUGCUUAGUUCACUGUCUGAAAUGCUGUAUUGUAAUGUAAUUAACAUGGAUGAUGAAUAUCAAAGAUACAAAUCACUGCAACUAAAUGAAACUACUAUUAAUUAUCAUGGUUUGAAUUUGUCUUUGGAAGUCUCAGAAGAAGAGUUGUUGGAAAUCGAAAGAUAUGAAAAUUAA